UCCAAAGCAUGUGGAGUAGCGCCGUGUCGGGCGCGAUCGCCGCCUGCUCGGGCAUGCUCGGCAAGUUCUCCUCGGACGACUCGACGUCCAUGCUGCAUGGGGUCCAGGAAACCUGCAUGAGCAUGGCGGUCGAGGUGCCAUGGCUCGACUGCGCCUACGUGAGCGUCGGGGUCCGGGUCCUCUUCUUCGUCGCGAUGCUGCUCUCGAACGCGGUCAUGCUCAACUUCUUCGUGCAAGGCCUCCACGAGACCGACUCGCUCACGGCUACUAUCACGAGCUCGGCCAUCAACUUUGUUGUGACGGCGGUCUUGGGGCUGGCCAUCUUCCACGAGCACCUCCCGCUGCAAUGGUGGCUCGGCGCGUCCAUCAUCCUCCUCGGUAUGGGCUGCCUUCUCUACGGCGACAAGGCGACGACCAAGACAAAAGACGAAUGAACAACAUAUGCAAGUUAAA